AAAGCGAGUCAUAAAUGCAAUAAUUACAGCUUAGGUAGAAAUGAGCAAAGCACUCUGGUCCCACUGGCUGCCAGCGUAGCUAACAACAGGACAGAAUGGAGAGGAGCUGAGCAACAUUGACCUUUUUGUUUUGCUGCUUACACUACAAUUCACCACUCCUGUUUGGGAUUUACGAGUAUUUUUUUCAUGAAUAUAAUCACGAAAGCCAAUCAUUUCUCAAGAUGGAUUUUCUUCUGGAUUCUGGCUGAUUAGGAUGGAUUAUUUUCAUCAAGUUUCCUCCGAGUCGCACUGAAUUUCCUGAGCAGACUUGAAAUCGAGAACCGUGAUACAUUCACCAUGUCUGUGGCUGCCUUGUUUCGGGGCAAGUGGGGGACAAAAUCCCAGGACACGCCAGACAAGCAUCCCACCGCUUUGGCUCUACCCAGCCACGCGGAGUACUAUGAUGACGAUGAUGAUGAUGAAUCCAGGGUAGGCCUGAGCAGAGAGCCUAUUCGCAGAAACUCUCGCUUUUACCGUUCAAUGAGGAGGAAGAGAAUGGCUGCCUCUGAAAACUCAGAAAGUUCUCCCAGGACUGGAGUGGACAACACCACAUCAGCAAACUCUUAUUCUAAUAGCCCAUCACCCCAUAAAUCACCGGAACUGUCAGCGGGUGGUCGACCUGUGUUGCCAAGCAAUGGUGUGGCCAGCAGCAGAUAUUAUGCCUUGUGCAACAAGGAUGCUGUGAAUAAGGGAAGAGGAGGUGUGGGAGGAGGCAGCGUGGACGUAUCUUCUACCUCCUACCACAACAGUGCUUUAACGGCCGACUCCAUCUCAUACCGGACUCACAGCAUACUUAGCGGAGACAUUAAAAAGCUGUCUGAGCAAACGACUGCAGCCUGCACUGUACGCGACAUUGGAAAUACCAUGCGUUCGGGAAUGCCUAGUCCGGAGGGGGCUGACCGGGACAACUUCAACCACAGGUUGCUGAGCAAUGGAGCGAACUCAAAGACAUUCAGUCACACCAUCAACAUUGUCAAAAACAUCGCCUUCUUGUAUCAGGAAUACCGAGACACAUCGAAGAAGCAGGAGAUUGAGCAGCGGCGACAGCGUGACCAUCGAAGUCCUUCCAGCAUGUUUGCGGGGUCCAAUAUCUCUUCGCCCCCAGUGUUACAGCUACAGCUGAGGAACAAUGCCCGCGCGCUGAGCUUGUGGCAGAACCUGGAAGUGGUGCAGGCCAGUGGACUGCUCACCCAGUUGCCUCAAAAAGAAAUUAUAAUGCAAGAGGCCAUGUUUGAGCUUAUUACUUCAGAAGCAUCAUACUACAAGAGUUUGGAGAUUCUCGAAACUCACUUCCUUCGGAAUCCUUCUUUAAUAAACACCCUCAGCCAAUCUGAUAUGCACUUUCUCUUCUCCAACAUUGAAGAAGUCAUGAAAGCCAGUGAACGGUUCCUGAUGGAUCUUGAACACCGAAUUGAGAAGUCCAUUUUGAUUUCGGAUGUGUGUGACAUUGUUUACAACCAUGCUGUUGAGCACUUCAGUGUCUUCAUCAAGUAUGUCAUCAACCAGGUGUACCAGGAAAAGAACUACAGGAGAAUUUCAGAGGGAAACCAGGCAUUCCGGGAGACCAUGGCAGUAUUGGAGAACCAUCCAUGUGUCAGAGGGCUGUCCUUUACAUCAUUCCUCAUUCUUCCUUUUCAGAGGAUUACAAGACUCAAGUUGCUUGUUCAAAAUAUCCUGAAAAAUGCUGAAGAACACUCUGAGAGGGAAGCAAAUGCCAUUAAAGCUCAUCAGCGGCUGGAGCAGAUUGUGAAAGAGUGUAACGAGGGUGUGCGAAAAAUGAGUCGCACAGAGGAGCUAAUCAGCAUUGAAAAGACUUUAGAGUUUAAAUCCAAGUCUGUGCCCAUCAUCUCCCACUCCCGCUGGUUGCUCAAGAAGGGUGAGGUGCAACUCAUGGCCGGACCAAAGAGCACCAGGACAUUGCGAAGCCGUAAACUUUACCAGCCCGUCUUCUUGUUUCUGUUUAACAACCUGCUGCUGAUCACCAAGCGUAGCUCGAGCGGGGACAAGUUUCAGGUUCUUGACUCCUGCACACGGGCUAUGCUGAGGACUGAAGAUUUAGAGGACCAGGGCCAGAUGCUAGCCUAUGUCUUUAAUCUUAAAUUGCUGGAAAACCAAGAGGACCGGCCGGUCAGCUACAUGCUCAAGACCUCAAGCAUGAGUGAUAAGCUUCGAUGGAUCUGUGCGCUGACUCCAAACCCGCGCACCCGUUUCAUGUCGACCAGCGCACACCAAUCAGACUCUUUGCAAGUGCAGUGUAUUCAGUCCUACUCCUCCCAGGAGCCCGAUGAACUCUCCAUUGAGAUGGCCGACGUUUUGAAUCUCUUGGAGAGAACAGAUGACGGCUGGAUGAUGGGGGAAAGGCUCCACGACGGUGAAAGAGGAUGGUUCCCAAGUCGAUUAGUGGAGGAGAUCCAGAGUCAGGAGGUGCGAGCUCAGAACCUGAGAGAAGCAUUCAAAGUUCAUCACGCUCAAGAGGGAGCCGGAGCCCUGCAAAGUGGAGCAAGGAUUGGCUCAAGAGGGGGGAGACCCACGCCAAAAGUCUCGAACCUCUUCAGUUUGUGGAAUGAUCCCAUGGGAAGGAAAUAAAUCAGAGCGCCUGAAGAAGAUGCAUGUGCAAAAGCAUCGAGUCUUCGGUCGAUCUUGAACUAUGGGCAGAUGACUUUUAAGCUUCACUGUCUUGCUGUCAGUCGCCUCUUUUACACCGAGAUCGCAUAAAAUUGACGCAUCAGAGCCAUAACAGAAGAGCAGGCAUUUAUCCACCUUUGCUUUUUAUGCAGAAACCAUUCAAGGUGAGGCACUGCCGCGAGUGUGUACAGUUUCAUACAGCCAAAGGCUUCCCACAAUCAAAUCAUUAGAUGACAUCGGCGCCAGCAUUUGAUGUCAAGUGAAGAGUUAGACACCAACAGGUGCUUCCAACACAACAGGGAGGAAGCAGCAAGGUAGUUAGCACCUAUGCUACACAUUAAAUUAUAAAUAUAGAUAAGUAUUGUUAUAAAACAGUAUAUAUGUAUAUUAGGGGUGUUCAUUGACGAUGCAUUUUAAACUGGAAUGAUUUGAUCCAGUUAGAAGUACAGCUCCCUUUGAGAGGAUGACGCAAUGAGUUUUAUUAUUUUACAAUAUAAAUGAACUUCAGCAAUACUGUAAAUGUGGACCUCAAAGACAUCGAUCUCCAAUGAAAAGCAUUUCAAUAUAUUGAAGUGGAACAAUUCGAAGCGCUCACAUUUUUUAAAAUUAAAACCAAUUUUCUGCUUCAAAUCAUAUAUUUGUUACAGCGCUAGCAUGUACACAGUGUAUAUUAUAUUUAUAUGGCAUGGCGGUGGUGCGGAGGUUGGCUGGGUUUCACUAGCUUAAAACUAGACUUGACAUGAUCAGGAUUUUUGGGGCCAAUCACUGAUCACAAGAUGAAGCAAUAUUCCAGUAAAUAACUUGUGUAUUUACUUCAUAUACUUGUGUAAUGUUUACGGAGUAUUAACAAAAGUAUUCUCGAGCAUGUGUGGCUAUUUUCAACAAUCUUUUCCUUCCCCCAAGGAAUAGAAGUGGUGGUGGGGGAGGGGGGUGGAAUAUGAAUCGUCUCUUCGUUAAAAAAUGAGCAGAAUUUAUAGUGAGAAUACAGCUGCUUUCAAAACAUGCUAGACCUAAAAUUACAGCUAUCGAAUGUAGUCAUGAAAACUAGUUGCCGAACUCUGCACACUGUGCAAGAGUUCGAUUGUGUUUGGCUGCAACGCUCGGUUUGUAGCGGGCCUUACACACAGGCUUCUGUUGUGGCUCUGAUACUACCUUCCAAAUAUAGAAUUGUCAAGAUGACAUUGUCCCCCGUCCUUCCAUCUCGGUGCCUUUUAUACUCUGAAAACUAAGGUCUUCUACAGGCAGUGUAAAAGGGGCUCGUGAUUCCAGACCAGUCAAAACAACUCAAGCAAUGUUGCAUGGCUCAUGAAUGUGCAAUCAAGGUUUUUUUUCUUUGUUGUUGUUUUGUGCCCAGUGCACUUAAUGUGGUGUGUAAUUAAUGAAGAAUCUACGUUUGAUAAAGAACCUGUUUGAGGGUGCAAUGGCCGAUACCCCCAAAUUUUGUUGCCAUUAAUUUAUUGUGAAGAUACUGUAAACAUCCUUCAGAUGCAUGGGCAGGGUUUAACUAUUUGAUUGUGUUCAUUCAUUUCAUUUUAAAAAUGCAUAGUAAAUGUUAUGAAAAGCACCAAUGAUUA